CAGUAGAAUCUAAGAUGAUAAAAAGCCAUGCGCUCUACAGCUGGGCUAAGACGGCUUUGUUUACAAAUUUUGCACUAAUUUUUAAUUGAUCUCUUAAUCUAACCGACUCACUUUUGUUUUCCUUCUUUUAAUCUGCCAUUGACAACCUAGGUGCAAGCUCCCGAAUCGGUUAUCUUUGAAAGAAGUUGAAGAUUUUUUCGAUUGAUUGGAGAUGUUGAGAGUAGCAGGGAGGAGGCUGUCUUCUCUCUCAUGGUUGUCUGCUCAGCCUUCCUCCGCCGCGCUCGCGACCAGUAAUUCUUUCCCGGUCGCCGAUACAUCUUCCAACGGCCGCAGCCCAUCCGUUUCUUCACCCUCACAUUCAUUUGCCUGCAACAACUCCUUUCCCAGUCUCUUCCGAGGCUUUGCUUCUAAUGCCAUUGCUCCAGGACACGAUAUUGGUCUGGUUUCAGAUCUUCCUACUGUGGCAGCUAUUAAAAAUCCUAGCUCAAAGAUUGUCUAUGAUGAGCACAACCAUGAGAGAUACCCACCGGGUGAUCCUAGCAAACGUGCCUUUGCGUAUUUUGUUUUAACAGGAGGGCGGUUUGUGUACGCAUCACUGGCCCGUCUCUUGGUACUCAAAUUUGUUUUGAGCAUGUCUGCCAGUAAAGAUGUCCUUGCUCUUGCUUCUCUGGAAGUUGAUCUAUCCAGCAUUGAACCUGGGACAACUGUUACUGUGAAGUGGAGAGGAAAGCCAGUUUUCAUUAGGCGCCGUACUGAAGAUGAUAUCAAUUUGGCCAACAGUGUUGACCUCGGCUCCCUUCGUGAUCCACAGGAGGAUGCUGUUCGGGUAAAGAAUCCUGAAUGGCUUGUUGUUAUUGGGGUGUGUACCCAUCUGGGUUGCAUUCCAUUGCCAAAUGCUGGCGACUAUGGUGGUUGGUUCUGCCCGUGCCAUGGAUCUCAUUAUGACAUAUCUGGUAGGAUCCGUAAAGGUCCCGCACCAUACAACCUAGAGGUCCCCACAUAUUCCUUCAUGGAUGAGAACAAGUUACUGAUUGGAUGAGAAGUAACUUUCUUUUUUGAUUUCCUGCACACAAGAUCCAGAACCUGGAAGAUUUUAUAUCUUUUUAUGCUCGUUUGUAAGUUGUAAUUUGUUCUUAACGCUGCCUCGUCAUGCUUCAUUUGACCUGAACAGAGGCUCAGAGGUUUGUCGAAUGAUUCUGGUAACUUUUUCUUUCAUCCACCUAUAAAGAUUCGGUUUCUUA